UCUUCUUUUCUUCCUCUUUACUUUUUAUCAUAUUAUGGUGUUUAAUCAGCGUGGACGUGGAAGAGGCAGUGUAUUUAGUGCUGUCUCACACGACGCUUUUAAUCAACAACAGCAAGGUUUUCAAGCGCAAGGUUUUCAACCACAAGGCUUUCAACCUCAAAGCUUUCAACCUCAAAGCUUUCAGCUGCAGGGUUUUCAACAACGUCAACCUUUUCAGCAACAACAACAACAACAACAACAACAACAGCCUCAACAACACCAUCAGCAACAGUCUAUGUUUCGUAACCCAAACACCAAGCAACGUGGGCGUGGCCGCAAUAACAACAACAGCAAUCACUUUGAUGCUUCUCUCAAUGAAGCUCUUGGCCAAUCUUCUUUUGCCUACUUUUAGCUUUAUUACGCCUACUAAAAAGAAAUCAUUCCAACCCAAGAAGGCCAGCCCCAUGUUGGUAGACGACACAGACAAACAGUCGCGUGUGACAGCUGCAGAUAGAGCGCAGCGGUUUGGAUCAACUAGCAAAAGUGCUGAUUAUGACAGAAUGAAAAAGAAUCGUGUGGCUGAACGACAACAAGCUAUUGAAGAUGGUCUUAUUCCUGAUCCAAAUGCUCCUGUUAGACUGGAAGAUGCUAUUGAUUUCCGUGGUACUUGUGAAGCUAAAUGUCCUGAUUUUGAAAUUCUCGAAAGAGAAAUUCAGAAUGGUCUGGAUGCCCUUGAAAUGGAUACGUUUGGUAAUGCAGACAAGAAUAGAGUAGUUAAAGCCUAUAGAAGGUCUGCUGCUGGUAAUGAACAACCCUUACCCUCUGAUGUUAGAACACCUCGAUCUCUUGUGUCUACUUUGAACUAUCUGAUUGAUGAGGUGUUGGCACAACAACCUUUGGAGAAAUGUCAUGCUUUUAUUCGUGACAGAACAAGAUCUAUACGUCAAGAUUUCACUUUGCAAAAUAUUCGAGAUGUUACUGCUGUUCAAGUACAUGAACGCAUUGCUCGUUUCCAUAUCUUAUGUCUCCAUGAAAUGUGUGAACUUGAUGAAUCAAAAUUCAGUGAACAGCAAGAAACAGAGCAAUUGCGCAAAGUUCUUCUUAGUUUAAUGGAAUUUUAUGACGAUCUACGCGAAGAAGGCAUUGAAACUGAAAAUGAACCUGAAUUUCGUGCUUAUCAUAUGCUCAGUCAUAUCCGUGAUCAAGAUGUUGUACGUCAAGCACAAACAUUGCCUGUACAUAUCUUUCGACACCCUUACAUGACACGCGCUAUUGAAUUCUUUGGCUUGGCUCAAAGAAACAACGAAAUCAUGGAAACCAGUUCAAGACGUAAUAAGCCAGAGAAUGUAGAAGCAUCACAGAACUUUUAUUCCAAGUUCUUUAAACUGAUUGCUGAUCCUGGUACACCUUUCUUAAUGGCCUGUAUGCUGGAAUGUCAUUUUGCUGAUAUCAGAAAAGGUGCAUUGAAAGCCAUGAAUGUGUCUUAUAUGAUGAAGGCUGGUGGUGUUGAAGCUGAACAUGUUCGACAAGUACUUGCUUAUGACUCACUCAAGCAUCUUUUGAAUGAAGUUGCUCUGUAUGGUAUUCCUCUGGACAUGUCACUAGAUGAACCUACCAUUUGUUUUGGCCAGAAACAUUAUCGUACCAAGACACCUAUCUUUGUUGAACCACUCUCAAAUCCAUCUCAAAAGAAGUCCAUACAACUUGUUGAACCCAAGAAGAAUGGACAAAGCUUCCAAAGUAUUAUUUAUGGAGAGCAAACCCAUUUCGAACGCCAUCAACCCAUACCAUUCACUUCUCAACCCAAUGUCCAUCAACCUAUCUCUAUCACCAAUGUAUUCAAACCGAAAGCACCUGUUUCAGCUAGUUUUACCUAUUCUGAACUUACAGGUGAACCGGCUCAAUUUAAAAAAAAAGAUUUGGUGUACUCUAAACAACAACAAGAUAAGCAGCGUGAAUUGGAGCAAUUGGAAGGCAAAGUGAAUGCUGCUGAAGAAGCUGCAGCUGCACAACGAAAGAAACUGGACGCCUUAAUGGCACAAAAGAAACAAGAAGAAGAGCGUAAACGAAAAGAAGCAGAACAGAAACAAAAAGAAGAAGAAGCCAGGCGACGUCAACUAGAAGAAGAACAAGAGCGCCAACGCCAAGAAGCUGAACAAGAACGUAUACGGAGAGAGCAACAGAUUGCUGCGGAAAAGGCUAAAUUAGAACAAUUGCGUCGUGAACAGCGAGAUCAACAAGUAGCUGCUAUGCAUCGUCAAGUUGUCAAAUCUCAAUUAUGCAAUCGUUGGUUGAAUGAAUUGAUGGAAAAAGCAAUUAUGGAUACAGCAUUUGAAAGAGCUAAAAAGAGUCAAAAGACGCAACGCUUCAUUCAACAUCAUACUCAACCAUGGGUUCACCGUGUUCGUCAGCGUAUCGAGAAGCGUAACGCAAAUGCAUUAAAACGCCAUCGUAUGUGGCAUUUCAACGCUUGCAUUAAUGGUAGCAACCCUUACAUAAAUACACCUGUUCAGACAGCAAGACCUAUACAUUCCACACCAGAAGGUAUUCGAAUGCGUGUAGCUCAAAGCUUGCAAGCAGAAGCAUUUGCUCUGGAAAAUGUCAAGAUUUCAGAAGAUGUUCAAACAACUAUCUGGGAAACUCAAGACUUUGCUAUUUCCUCUAUAUACCCUCGAAUUCAAAAUAAGAUGCCUAUCAUAUCUUCUAAACCUACAUGGCAACUGAUAAUCAAUGUUGCAGAUAUACACCUUGAUUCUUCUGUUUGGUUUUCGCAUAAACUUGGUCUUGAUACAGAAUUCAACAGUCGAAAACAAAGAUAUCAAGCAUUUGACAUUGUUACCCGUAUGGUAACUCCUCAACUGGAUCUCCCUAGUCAAUGGGUAGAUGAAACUGGUGCUGUUAUCUUUUCUUUGCCUGAAGCACCAAGAGAACAAACACAGCAACAAAGACAAUUCUACUGGAAUGAAAACAAAAAACGCCUUGAUAAACUAUCAAAUGAUUUGGAAAAAUACUUUCCUGGAAAAAGAGUGCCUUUCUUGUUUACUUACUUCCCUGAUGCUUCCUGUCUUGAAAGCACUUUAUCAAAUAUACCUCUUUCAUUGGGACUGAAUUCGAAUAGAACAGUCAGUGAUUACCACAUCCUUAUUAUGAACAAACUAACGAUUGUUGAACGCUUCCAAGAUGAACUGAAUUGGCUAAGCAAUAAUACUAUUACCAAUCGCUUUGACAUGUAAAAAAUAUAAAUAAAAAUAAAU